ACGCAACUGAGAGUUUUUGAAGUAAAUUACACACAUUUUGUGAUAUCGAUAGUCAUACUCAUUGAGGCAGUAUCAUUUAGAGACUAGAAAUUAAAUGAACAAUUGAAACAACUACAUCAUAACCCAACUGCUAGGUCCGUAAUCGAUUACAUUAUAAUUCCGUAAGGAACUGAAAAGUAUUGGCGGGUUAUUUUACCCGCUUCAGACGUGUCUCGUGAAGGGUUCCGCUGGAUGGGAUCCGAAUUAAUUACGCAUAUUAAAUAAACCGAAACCAAACCAGAGCGUUAGUUCAGUUUCAUUUUCUCCAAAUAAAACUGGACCGAUGCGUUAUGCCACCGGAGCUUAUGGAUGAGGAUGGAGAGGGUGGACUGGCAGCGGGACAUCCAGACAGUGGUGGCCCAGGAGGCCAGUGCACUUGUGGACCUGCUGUGCGAACAGAACAGCAAUGUUCUGGAUCAUAUUUUUCCCUUAGUGGACCCUAGGAUACAGGACCAACUACGGUCACUGACCAACAUUAAAGACCGUGUCUCAGGCAUUGUAAAUUACUUCAAGAAUUCAGAUCGCACUGUAUGUGAAGAGUUUCUCCACAUUGUAUGUGUGUACUGUGAAAACAUUCCCUUUCUUCUGGAAACCACACUGGUGUCCAUAGCAGGAUAUGCAACUGGCACAAACUUUAAUCAUACAAGUGACACUGAUAAUUCUUCACCAACAUGUAAUGUGAAACGUCCACGGCUAGUAUCGUCUAUGAGUGCUGCAAAUGACCUCAGACAUCUCGGCUCAGGAGAUUAUUUACAGAGUUACACAGAUGCUCUGAAAUCCAUGCUACUGCAAAAACAUGAGACUGUGACACAGGGUGUGGUGAAGGACAUCUGUCUUAAUGAGACACGGGUGUAUUUAAAACACAGGAACCCUCCACGAGGAAAAGACAGAACCACCCAGCCUCAAGCCUCUCUAGACAACCAGGAAGGAGAUGAUGGUUCAUUUGAAAAUAAAGUUUCAGUGGAGUCUCUUUUACAAACCACUGGCAAAGUUGUUGUGCUGCUGGGUCAGGCUGGGUCUGGUAAGACCCUGUUGGUGCACUGCAUUGGUCAUAGCUGGGCUGAAGGCUCCUUCUCAUCCAUUCACUUGCUGUUUCUGCUGGAGUUCCGGCAGCUCAACCUCAUAUCACGAAACCUGUCCUUGAAAGAACUGCUCUUUCUCUUCUACCCUCCAUGUGAAGAAGCUGAGGAGCAGAGCGAAGCAGUGUUUGCUUUCAUCCUCUCCAACCCUGAGAAGGUCUGCUUCAUAUUUGAUGGUUAUGAUGAGUUUCGAUCCAAGCUUACAAAUCCAAAAAUGCUUGAUGGUAUUAAUGAUCCAUACAAAUCACUUCCAAUGACAGAUCUCCUCUCUGCACUGUGCAAUCGCAUAAUCCUCCCAAAUUGCACUGUGCUGGUCACCUGUAGACCACGGGAUGUGACAGAUAUGUUUGGGAGUCAUGGUUUCAUAACUUGUGAGCUGAUGGGGUUUGAUCGCUUGGGUGUGAAGGAAUACACUAAGCAGUACUUCCAUGAAAAGGGGGAUGAACUUAAAGAAAAGGCUGUAAACUUGUUGAUGGACAACCGUCAACUCUUUUCCAUGUCUCAUGUGCCUGGACUCUGUCACAUCUGCUGUGUAUGUGUGGAUCAUCUGUUCUCCAGUACUGGAAAUCAUGCUAGUCUACAGCUACCCACAUCCUUAACCCAAAUCUAUAUUCAGAUCCUGUUUGCUUUUCUUAGCCGCUUCAAUGGGGAGAGGAUGUCUGUUGCACCUUUGAUGCAGAGAUACAGAACUAAAAUUGUUGAGAUGAGCCAGCUUGCCCUUAAAGGACUAGAAGGAAGCAGCAUCAUUUUCAUGGCUGCUGAAGUUUCGACAGAACUCCAGGAUUUUGGCAUCAGAACUGGGAUCCUGUCUUGUGUGAAGCUGACAUGUGAGGAUGGAUCUUCAGGAUGUGGUUUCACCUUCAUGCACCUCACUAUGCAGGAGUUCCUCGCUGCUCUCCAUCUCAUGACCAGUCAAAGCAUUACAGAGAGUCAACUUAAGAAGAAGCUUAACUUGAAAACCCGCUGGACCACAAAAACAGAUCGAAAAUCUGUCUUUACGGACUCUCUCCAUCUUUAUGUGUGUGGGCUUGCGGCCGAGGCCUGCACCUCCAGUCUGGUCCAGCUAAAAGGGACUGAGGGAGCCACAGCUUGGGUACGAAAGCGCCAAGCUGCAGUCCGAGACAUUUUGCUUGCUUUAGGAGGAAGUGCCAGUCAAACAGGCCCCAAAAUUGUUGAGCUGUGCCGAUGUGCCUAUGAGACACAAGAUGCUAAAUUGGCAAAGGCUAUUGGUUCGAGACCUCACUUUGAACUGCGCAAUAUCAGACUAAAUGCUGUUGACAUGGAGGCCUUGGCAUUUGUAACAGCAGCUGCAGAUCAGACAGUAUGUCUGGACUUUGGUGGCUGCUCCAUUGAAGUUGAUUGUUUGGAAAUCCUUCCUUGUUUCAAGAAUCUGGAUUACCUCAUUUUCCGUAGCCGGAAAUAUGAUGACAAGUUUGCAGAGGCUUUGUGUGGUAUCCUGUCCAAACUCCAGGCUUUGCGGCGAUUAGAUUUUAUCAGUGGGGGCCUCACUGAUGUUGGAGCUGCUAAACUUGCCAGGGCUUUAGAGGACUGUACACAUAUCACACAUCUAAAUGUCAGUGAUAACUCCUUGAAAGACGAGGGUAUAGGAGAGAUUGUAAAAACACUAUCCAAACUGCCCAACAUCUGCUCUGUUUUGAUGGGGAAAAACAGCAUCUCUAUAGAUGGAAUCCUCAUGCUCACUGAAAAGAUGGCCACCUGCCCCUCCAUUCAGGAAGUCUAUGUUGAGGGAAGUAAGGAGGUCAGAAUUUCCUUCUCUCAAAGUUCUGACUCAUUCUGUGAAAGCAUGGACAUAAAUAACACAGAAGAGGCAAAGACUGUGACAUUGAAGCAGUGUAACAUCACUUGUACUAAUGUAGAUAGCCUGUGUGAUAAACUCAAGGGCUACUCCUUCUUAACUGUUUUAGAUUUGUCCAACAACUCGUUGGGUAACAAGGGCCUGAAGAAAAUUGUACACCUUCUGCCUAAACUUGGAAUGAUACAGGAGAUCAAUGUCAGUAAAAAUGGAGUAGAUAUGGAUGGGUUGGUGCUGCUUGCUUCUGCUCUCUGUUCUCAGAAGGACCUGAUGAAAGUAGAUGCAAGUGAAAAUGGAAAGAAAACAUUGGUUCUUUGGUUUGACACCAGCAAAAGACAUUCAAAACAGCUGGCAUCAAAGGAAACUGAUAUACAUCUGCAUAAAAAACUCAGUUUAACACAUAGUGAUAUUCAACCUACCGACAUGACCAAACUGUGUAAACAACUGGUUAAGUGUAAAAACCUUCUAGAUAUUGAGUUCUCCCAUCUAAAAUUGUCAAACGAUUCGGUUGAAAAGUUGAUGUUGAUUCUUCCUGAAAUGUCUUCUCUUCACGUUCUGAACUUAAGUCAUGUUGACAUGUCUACGAAUGGGGCUCUGUUAUUGGUCAGAUCUCUUGCUGACUGUCAGCGUGUCACCGCGGUAGAACUCAGGCACCAGGCAGAAGCAUUCAUUAAGUUUGUCCCAGUCAAAGCAGAGGCAGCAAUUUGCAAGCUCACAGAGUAUAAGCUGAGCAGAACCAAUGUUGAGAAGCUCUCAAGGAUACUGGAGGGCUGUCCUCACCUAGCUGAACUGGAUUUGUCCCAUAACCUUCUCAAAGAUGAGGGGGUGAAAUGUUUUAUCGAUUGUUUGCCCAAACUAAAGAUCUCCAGCUCAGUGAGCCUCAAUGGCAACAGAAUGACCCAAGUGGGGGCUCUGCAUCUGGUCAACUCAAUGAACACCUGUGAGAAAGUGGUUGCUGUUGAAGUCAGUCUUGGUGUGGAAGAUCAGUCUCUGAUUCAGUUUGUGCAUAAACAUGUCAGUGGCAAAACUCUCAGACUAAGGGAGUGCAGUUUCGAGGCCAUCCACUUACAGAAGCUUGUGGAAAUACUGAACAGAUGCCCAGGACUACUUACAUUAGAAUUGUCAUCUAAUUCGCUGCACAAUCAAGGCCUGUUUCCUUUACUAAACAGCCUGGUCAAGCUUUCCUCGAUUCAAACUUUAAAGUUUAAAAAUAAUGGUCUGACUUCUGAACAGAUUGGGUAUUUUAUGGAGCAGCUAAGUAGCUAUCGCCAACACAGAGACAUCUGGAUUGAAGAGCAGUGGAUGACAGGAGAUGCUGUGAUCAGUUUUGUUGGUAACUGCCUGAAUCUGGAGCCUCACAUCAGAGAGAUGAGGGUCAACCAUUCAUCCAUAAAUGUUAUUAUGGAGGCCGAUUCCAGUUCCAGCUCUACUUCUAUAGCUCAUUCUGAAAACAGUGAGUUCUCACUAUGUACCCUGCGAUCCAUCAGCUUUGGUGACUGUAACAUAGAAGGACAUCAUCUCACUCCUCUGACACUUCCCAUCCAAAAAUGUCAUGCCUUGCAGGAUUUGAAGUUUUCUCAGCUUAAAAUGGACAGAAAAGGUGCAGAGUUUUUUUCUCUAGUCAUUCCAUCCUUAUUGAACCUUAGGAACCUCAAUCUUGAUUUGAAUGGAGCAGCUGAAGAUGAUUUGGUAAUCCUGAUAGAAGCAUUACCAAACACUCACACAUUUGAGAAUCUGAGUUUGUCUCAGCUUGUUUUAGGUGACUGUGGAUCCACAGUACUUGGCAGGGUCCUUAAAAAUAUACCAAAUCUGAAGUCACUCAAUCUCUCUCAGUGCUCUGGUUGGACAGCAGCUCGAGGGAAGAACUUGAUCAGAGGUCUGGUGCAGUGCUUAUCGCUGGCAGAGAUCCGCCUGGACUCUAUGAUAUUGGAUGAAGAGGCCAUAAACAUCUUAACCCAAGGCUUCUGCAGUAUGGGUUCACUCAGGAGGCUCAGCUUAAACAACAUUAGAAUAGAGACAUCUGAGACAUUCGUCAGUGACACUGGUGUACUCUGGCUACUGACUUCUUUUCAGGCUUUUAGACAGAUGGAAGAGAUUGAGUUGAAAGGCUGGCGAAUGGGAGAUAGUGGAAUACAUGAGCUUUUGAAGAAGAUUCCCUCAUGGACUGAACUAAAAAAAAUAAGUCUGUCAGACAACAGUGUGAGUGACCAGGCUGGAGAGAAGCUAGUGGAGGCACUAUCCAACUGCAGAGCUCUACAACAACUACAGCUCUCCAAAAACCAGCUUGGUGAAGCCAGUGCUGCUAAACUAGCUCAAGUACUCCCAUUACUGUCUCAGCUCUCAGAUCUGGAUUUGUCAGAAAAUCAGUUUGGUCCAAAAGGAUCUUUGAUUCUUUGUAAAGGUCUUGUCGACAAGAAGGCACUGAAAAGACUGCACUUGACUUCGAUUGGGAGUUCAGAUCUGGUUGGUGUGGCCUCAACCCUCAGUUGCUGUCCAUCCAUAGAGGAUGUCAGCUUGUCAUGGAAUGAAUGUGGCGAUAAACUGGCACAGAAACUGGCUGAGAUUCUGCCCCUGUGUACAAAGUUGAAAAGACUUGACCUGGAGGCUAAUAAAAUAACCACAAAGGGAGCCAUAGAGAUUGCCAAAUGCCUCCCAUCAUGCCCUUCCAUUGAAUUAAUAAGGCUCUGGAGGAACCCAAUUGCCAAAGAUGAUGAGAAUCUGAAAGAUCAGAGACUGAACUUCUCAUCAAUUUAAUCUCUUACGUUUUCCAUUUUUAAUGAUUUUUUUCUUUCCAUUCUGGUAUAUUGUACAUAAAAAUACUGUACUUCUAUGAGUACAGUACAUUGAUAUACUGUAUUUUAUUAAUUGCUGUUAGUUUACAUAUAAUUGAAGAAUACAUUACCUCAUUAGAGUAACUCACCACACCAAACAACACCGUUUAUCCAGCUGCUCAGGGACUGGAAUAUGCCCAUCUAAUGGAAACAAUUUUGGUAAUAGGCUCAGUUAAGCUAUUAGAAAUAACUUAAUUCCCUACCGUUUACAAGAGAUUUACAUGUCUGUAUUUUUUCAGUAAAGGAACAAAUAAUUGUCUAGAUUUAGCACAGUGAAGUAGACAGUUCUCUUGUAAAGUUCAGCACAGUCAUGCCGAGAAGCACAGAGCCAAGCACUCCAUUAUGGGCAUUCCUGCACUGAUCCUCCCUGACACCACCAUGUUGUGUUCUUCUUUAAAUUGCGUAUUUAUGUCUGUACUUUUAUUUGAUAUCUUCAGCUUUCAUCUAUAAAGACCUUUUAAUUUGUAAAAUGCUGCACAAUAUUGCCACUGUUCAGUAAAAUUGCUUUUUGUUUAAGUCGAGGUAACAGCACCUCUUGCACUGAUAAAUUUGCACUUGUUCAGCUGUUCCAUUUUUUUUCCUAAUGUGCAAUUUAAUUAUAAAUAAAAGUACAUUUUAAAAUAUUUGAUCCAAUUGGGAAAUGUAUUUGUAAUAGUCUGUUGCUGUUGCAGUAUAUCCAUGUCCAGUAAAUAUAGAUAAGUACUAAAGCAAUUAUAUUUAAUUGACGUGUGCUCUUGUUAUGAGAUGUUAUGUUAAAAUGGAUAAUUUAUAAUGGUUUAGUGAUACAAUAAAAAUUAUUGUAUUAAAAAUAUGUAAUAUAUCGGUAUUGGUACUACUAUUAAUUUAUUGACAUGUAUGUUUCUUACACACACAAAAAAAAAAAAAAAAAGAAAGAAAGAAAGAAAAAGCAGGUGUUCAAACUGAAAGGUGUUGAAAAUUUAGGGGCCAGCUAUAUUUGCUUGCCAAGUUAGUGUACAAUGACAUAAGUGUGUUUUCUUUUAUUAGUGUUCUUCUUUAUUACCGCUAGAUGGCAGCAAAGCAAUAAAUACGUAAUCUGGAAAA